AUGACUGAUAAUGAUGAUAAAGAUGUUAAUAAAGACAUUAUUAAUAUGUCACCGAGUUUGAAAAUAAUUGCCACGGCUGUAGAAACAGGAUUUGAAUGCUUUUUCGAUAAUAAUCAAUCUGAAGUUAAAGACUUAUUUGUCAAACGUAAAAUUGAAGAUAUUUCUGAGCAAGGAAUGGCAUUUUAUGACUCUUGUGUAAAAUCAAUUUCAUAUAACGAACGACUUGGUAAAUAUGCUGAUGUUUUAACGAAUUUAAAAAAAUUUCUUGAUGAAAAUAUAUUAAGCAUUAUCAAAAAUCUUGAAGCUGAAUGCAAUAUCAUUAUGAAUCAAAUUGAAGAUUUAACAGCGGAUUACGAAAAUAUAAAAAUUAAAUUGAUAAAUAUUAAAAUUGACUUGAGAAAUCAUAGAAUUACUCGUGCUGAAUCAAUUACGACCAAAAAAAAUGAGGUUUUAUACUGUAAAAACAAGGCUAAUUUCUUUAAUAUUAUUUUGAAAACAAGUUCAGCUAUAUCAGCAACCAAAUUAAUGGUUGCAAUAUUUAUAAUUCUGAUGAUAGGAAUUGUGUUAUUACAUUUCAUUUCUGAAUCCUAUUCGAGUAAAGCAAAAAAAUUAGAAAAGGAAUUAGAGGAUGUAAAAAGUCUUGAUGAUCAUAGUAAAGAAGUUGAAAAAAUUGAAAAACAGUUAGAAUUUAUAGUCAAUCAACUAGGAAAAUUUCCAUCUUACUGGAAUUCUCAUAAGGUUCAUUUAGAAACCGUCAUUUUAAAGCUCCCAGAUAAAGAUUCCUGCGAAAUUUUAUCGUUUAUAGGAGAAUCGAUUAACGACAGGUGGAAAGAUGUGAAACAUGAAUGUAAUGAAUAUAAUAGAAUAGUAAGUGGUAUGAUUAAUAAAUGGGAUGAAAGAUUUAUUUCUUCAAGGUAUGUUUAA